AUGGCAGCCCUGGCCCCCGGGAUUCUGCUGAAGCUCCUCGACGGCCUGAGCACGGGACUGAAGCCGACGAGCGAGCACAGAAGCUCGCUCCUCCAGGUCACCGACAUCGUCCCCGCCGACCUCGACGAGAAAAGCCUCGUUCCCAAACAAGGCUUCUACAUCAAGCUCUCCGAUUCCUCCCACUCCAUAUACGUCAGCCUCCCUUUCGACCAAGACGAUCUUGUCAUGAGCGACAAGAUGCAGCUGGGCCAGUUCAUAUACGUCGACAGGCUCGAACCCGGCUCCCCCGUACCCAUCGUCAGGGGCGCCAAGCCCCUGCCCGGACGCCACCCCUUGAUCGGGACUCCCGAGCCGCUCAUGGGCCUGCGUGCCAGGGGCCAAAAAUCCGACAAGAAUCACAAUAGUGUUAAGCGGUGUUCUUGGGGAUUGGGGCCCAAUGGUUGUGAGAAUAGUUCAAGUGUUCUUGGGUCCCCUAGGGUUUUGAAGCCCGUUCCGUUGGAUUUCGACCAGUGUGCCACGCCCGUCAAGGAACGGCUGCCGGUUAAAUUCUCUGGUGGUGGUAACAGUGUUUUGAUAUCUCCUAUGAUUAGAGGGAAGGGGGCUAUGAGGGAUGGGAGUGCAGUGCGGUGCUCGGUUGGUGGCGGGGUUUUGGCGAAGAUGGCUGAGGUCUCACCUUUGGUUCGCAGAAGUUGUGUGGUAACUCCUAGCGGGAGUAAGUUUGGUAGGAGCAAAAGCGUGGUUUGUGAUAGAGAGCAAAGGAUCUUGAAAACUCCCUUCAACACAGCUGAGAAGAAGAGUUCGACUCCACCUCCGAGGUUGAUGAGUGUGAACUCGGUAGCAUCUCCGACUAUAGAAUCAUCACAACAAUCUCAACAUGGUGAUAUGAAUUCUUCCAACAGUAAUACAAGCCUACACAUGAAUUUGCCUGGAAAGCUUAGUGUUCUUGGAAAGGAAGCUAUUGAACAUCGAGAAACCGCGCAGAAAAUUGCCCUUCAAGCAUUAAGAGAUGCCUCGGCCACUGAGAAUCUUUGUCGAUCUCUCAAGAUAUUCUCAAACUUGACAAAAUCAGCCAAUAUUGAUGCUCCUGCUGCUUGUUUCGAUCAAUUUCUCGAGUUCCAUAACCAAAUCUCGCAGGUAGUAGCCGAAAUGGUAUCCCUUCAAGCAGCAACUUCUGCUGCCAACACUUCUAAAAAAUCAAAAGCAGAAGAAGAAGGCUCGGUUUUAAAUGAGUUAGUCCCUAAUUCAAUGGACCAUAGAUCAAAGUUGGAAUCAAAUGCGUCCAAAAGAAGGGCCGCCUUCAACAAAUCUAUAGCGGCUUUUCCUGAAAGAGCCGAGCAAAAGUCGGUUCUCGGUAAGCACUUGAGAUCUUCAACGAGCCAAAAGACCGUCAAUUUGGAGAAGGCUGCGAAUGAGAAUAAUUGCGAAAACAAAAGUGUGGCCAGUUCUUGUAGUUUGUCGAGCACCAUCAAACUGGGAAAGGAAAUUGAAAACGAGGCCGGCAAUUGGUUCAUGGACUUUUUAGAGAAAACAUUGGGAAACGGGACAAGGAAAGUUAAGGGAGCGGAUGGAUCUGAUGCAAGAAAAGUACCUCAAUCGCUCAUCUUGAAGGUGAUGAAUUGGGUGGAAGUUGAGCAAAAUGAUUCAAAUAAGAGGCCUGUAAAUCCUCGGGCUGCAGUUAUAGCCCGCAAGCUAAGGAUUAAGGCCAAAAACCCAUGA